AUGUCUUCAAUUUAUCGGCCCACCAUCUUAUUGACCGGCGGCUCCCGGGGGAUCGGUCUUUCGUGCCUAGAAAUUUUACUCAAGUCCCCGGCGCAAGCGAACGUGGUCUCGGUUUCCAGAUCGCUUCCCCAAAGGUUACAGGAAUUACAGAAGGCGUAUCCUCACAACCUGUUGGUCGUCCAAGGGGAUGUAAAAAAUGAUGAAGAUAACAAAUUAGCCGUCGAAUCUGCUGUCAAGACAUUUGGAUCUGUGGAUGGCUUGAUAUUGAAUUCAGGGAUCAUUCAUUUCGAGCGGAUAGAUCAGCACACGACGCUAGAAUCUUGGCGAGAGGUUUUCGACGUCAACUUUUUCCCAUUGGUUUCAAUGCUCAAGCAUUCCUUGGCCCACCUUCGGAACUCUAAAGGAAGAGUAGUCUUUAUCAGCUCCACUGCUUCUGUGCUAGGUGUUUCAUCCUUAGGCAGCUAUGGUGCAAGCAAGGCCGCCAUGAACUCCCUUUGUCGAACGCUCGCUGCUGAGGAACCCGAAAUCACUUCCAUCUCGCUGCGACCGGGCGUGACGGAUACCGACAUGCAAGAACAAUUGAGGUCCAAAGGCAAAGAUUUGAUGACCCCUGCUGUUUACCAAGACUGUUAUGAUUUGUUUGCAUCUUCUAAACUCGUCAAGCCCGAAAAACCUGCAGAAGUGAUCGCGAAUCUUUCGAUCAGAGCUGAGCAGAAGCUUACGGGAAGCUUUUUAGUUUGGGAUGAUGAUGAAUUGAAAAGCUAUCGAAGCUCUUCCUGA